CGGCAGCACAGGGCCAUAAACUAGUAUACUUAUCAAACAAAACCACCAUAGAAGUACUGGAUUAAGAAGUGGACUUGUUAUGGGUCAGGAAGAGGACAUUCCUCAACAAAUAAUAGUUUAAUAACGUUGCAAAGGUGACACAUCGUUCCGUCGAUGGAUCUAAAUGAAGAUAGUGUUAAUGCGAUGUGCACCCGGAUAUGCUUGUGUGUUCUCUGCGGUUUACCUGCAGCAGGAAAGUCGACGCUCGCGCAGGCGGUCAACUCUCACUCUGCACAACGAGGAUGGAGGUCCGCUGUCAUUUCUUACGACGACCUGAUUCCCGGUGACGCGUUCAAUGUGAAGGAAGUCGAGGAUGAGGAGGAUAUUCCGCGAUCGCAGACGCAGACUGAAUGUCCCACCAAUCAGCUUCCACCAAUCAUCUACCAGAUCAACAGGGAUGUCCGGAGUCGUCUCCUUCACGCCGCUCAGGUCUGCGGGACACCGGCGGGCUCUUCUCGGGUCUGCGGGACACCGGCGGGCUCUUCUCAGGUCUGCGGGACACCGGCGGGCUCUUCUCAGGUCUGCGGGACACCGGUGGGCUCUUCUCAGGUCUGCGGGACACCGGUGGGCUCUUCUCAGGUCUGCGGGACACCGGCGGGCUCUUCUCAGGUCUGCGGGACACCGGCGGGCUCUUCUCGGGUCUGCGGGACACCGGCGGGCUCUUCUCGGGUCUGCGGGACACCGGCGGGCUCUUCUCAGGCUUACCCAUCACCUUCAGAUCGACCACCGCCGCCACUCGUCAUUCUGCUGGAUGACAACUUCUACUAUCCAAGCAUGAGAUACGAGGUGUACCAACUGGCCAGAAAACACUCUGUGGGAUUCUGUCAGGUGUACGUCCACUGUCCCGUGGAGUCGUGUGUCAGGAGAAACCAGCUGAGGCCCCAGCCGUUACCCAGUGAUGUUAUAGUAGAGAUGGCCAAGCGCAUGGAGCCUCCAAACCCUCAGAGAAACUCAUGGGAGCAGAACAGUGUCACUGUGGACAGCGAACACCACUUCACCAUAGAAUACAUCCAAAGGUUGGUGAAGGUGAUCUCUACUGCGUUGGAGAACCCACUGUGUCCAGUCCAGGACAACACUGAGCAGAAGGAGGCUGACCGUCAGAGCUGUGUGUCCAGUGUGGUCCACCAGGCUGACCAGGCCUGCAGACGCCUGGUCUCACAGGCCAUGCAGGAGGCCAGAGAACAUCAACUUCCCCCAGAGAGGAUGAGGUCUCUGGCAGCUGACUUCAAUGAAUCCAAAAGCACAUUUCUCCAGGACCUGCGGAGACAGGUUCUCCGCGGCCUUCCCUUAACCCAGGGAGAGGACGUGGAGGGGGUCGUGAACAGAGCCGUGGACGUCUUCAACAAAGAGAAACAGGAAAUCAUUGCAAGACACCUUCCUCCUUAUGACAGAAUAAAAUGACACAGAUAAUGAGGGAUGGAUGACAGCCAUUAUGUAACUUUCAUUGAUUCUAUGGAAAUAGUCAUACAUAUUAACGUUAGUGAUUACAUUUCUUUAUUUUUCUGACAAAAUGUCCAACCUGUUAGGUGCAUAUACAGGGUGGAACCUAGCAAGGUGGAACCUAACAGGGUGGAAAUGUGGAGGCUAACGUAGCCGUAGCACUGGGUGGAACCUAGCAAGGUGGAACCUAACAGGGUGGAACCUAACAGGGUGGAAGUGUGGAGGCUAACUUAGCCGUAGCACUGGGUGGAACCUAGCAAGGUGGAACCUAACAGGGUGGAACCUAACAGGGUGGAAAUGUGGAGGCUAACUUAGCCGUAGCACUGGGUGGAACCUAGCAAGGUGGAACCUAACAGGGUGGAAAUGUGGAGGCUAACUUAGCCGUAGCACUGGGUGGAACAUAGCAAGGUGAAAAUGUGGAGGCUAACUUAGCCGUAGCACUGGGUGGAACCUAACAGGGUGGAACCUAACAGGGUGGAAAUGUGGAGGCUAACUUAGCCGUAGCACUGGGUGGAACCUACCAAGGUGGAAAUGUGGAGGCUAACUUAGCCGUAGCACUGGGUGGAACCUACCAAGGUGGAAAUGUGGAGGCUAACUUAGCCGUAGCACUGGGUGGAACCUACCAAGGUGGAAAUGUGGAGGCUAACUUAGCCGUAGCACUGUGAGUGAUCAAGAUCCAGCUAGCAUAAUGGUGCCCACUUGAAGAUAAUUUUUUUACUGUUCUGACAAACACAAUUUGAAAUGAUCAAAUGUUCAUCUAAUUUAGCCGAACAAGCAGGGGACAUUUUAAGAGUGAGACCGUACUGACUAACAUCAUGAAACAUUAAAAUGUAGAUGUAAACCGAGUGUUGUUACUUAAUGUGGCGUUGCGUUGCUAUGGACACUUCCUGAUUGUGAUGUCAUCAUCCACUGAAAACAAAAACGGUCAAAAAUGCAAACAAAAAUUCCCAUUGAGAUCGAUAUGUUUUGUGUUUUUAUGGAAAAGGACACCUACCUUUCUAUUUAAAGCCCUUUGGAAUAGUGAAUAAGAGGUGUUAUUUCCUGGGGACAGAAAAGGCACUGCAUAACAGGAAUGAAUGACCCGGUCUGUGAGAGACACAAAUCUUGCUUGUUUGUAGGUGACCAAAUACUUAUUUUCCACCAUAAUUUGCAAAUAAAUUCAUUAAAAAUCCUACAA